UGGUGGGAAAAUUGUGUUCAGAUAUGGGAUCUAAAGGCAUUUAUAUUUUGAGGAGGUUUGUAAAAGCAUGAAGGAAACCUGUUAAAGACAGUCAGAAUAGUUUUGCUGUGGUUGAACGAAACCGCCACUAGAAUUAUAUUGCUGGAUGAGUUGGUAAGCAAAGCUUGCUCUCGCGUAGCAGAAUGUGAACACAAAGCACGAGGAUAUCAUCAAGGCACAAGGGUGACCAUUUACUGCCCCCAAAAACUGAAUCUGGUGGGUUGAGGUAUAGAAGUUAGUUUGGCACCAUUUAAGGAUCAGAUCAGACUAUAAAAUUAAGAGGAUUAAUCAAAUUAAAGGUAAUUGCAGAACAUUUCCUGCUUUGAGAAUAUUCUGGUAGCGCCAAUUGUCUGAGUCUUUGGUGUCAAUAGACACAACCUGCUCAUGCUCCAGAAACUUUUCAGUAACUCUGUCAGUCAACAAUUUAACAUUUGCAAAACAACUCAAUUGAAGAGGUGGAGCUGCGAUUAUUUCCAGAACCGGAUGCAUCGAAACAGAGAAGUACAAGAUGAAGACCUACAGAAGUUCUGCUCCCGCAUUACCACACUCUUGCAGAAUAAGGAAUACAACAAGGAGACUACUGAUUCUCUACAGAAACUCUUCCUGAUUGUCUCAGCAACAAAAUAUGGCAGAACUCUUCCCAGGGAUGUCCUACAGAAAUUCCACAGCACCUUAUGCUUCCUGAAGGCGCCACAGCCAGUCCUUGCUCUGUGCUCGGCUAUUCUGCGAGAGGUCCUGCCAUGCACCACUUUGACUUUAUCUUGUGAUGAGGUGAAUGAUAUGAAAACCAUGAGUCUUUUAUCAAGUAUAAUACUGGCUCAGGGCAGUAAAAAUGGUGACAUAGAAGCUGUGUGUAGUCAUGUUCUGAAACUGCUAGAAGCUCGCCAAGUUGAGAGUCAAGGUUCACGGUUUCUUCUGCCUAUCUUGUCCAAAAUCCUUGACGUUGCACCUACAACUCUCAACGAAGAGCAGGUGAAUGCUGUUAGUAAGAAGCUUGUCGAUUGGUUGCGGUAUGCAAGUACAUUACAAGGUGUCCCUCUUUCUUCUGGAGGCUUCUUUAGUCCAAGAUCCCGACAGCCUGCUUCCAUUUUAGAGGUGGAUGGAGCGGUGGCAGGUGAUUUCUUCACGUUACUUUCCAUUGGCCACUAUUACACUGAGGACCAAUGGCUCAACAUGCACUCAUUCUCCAUGAUCAGAAAGUGGCUGCAGUGUUUUGGGGCAAGUGGCUUCAACAGCAAUGAUGCAGAUGAAAAGUCUGAAUUAGACAGCUCUGUAAUGUCAAUAGUUUCUGCUUCCUCAACAUCAAGUCGUCUGAUGCCACCUAAAGAACGUCUGCGGGAGAAGACGUUUGAAUAUUGCAAUCGGUUAAUUGAGCAGAGUGAUAGAAAAGCUAUAAAGAAAUCUGACUCAGAACUUCAGAAAGCUUGUCUUAUCGAAGCAAUGAUUCUGUUGGACCUGAUCUGUCGACAAGAUCCUUCGUUUGUGUAUCGAGCCUUUCCAGUGGUGAAAGCACUAUAUGGGAGGAUCUGUGCAGAUUCUGGUUUUGCCAGAGUGCUGCUUCCAGUUGUUCAAUUCUAUCUAAAUCACAGUGAACUUGCAGCUGUGGACUCUGAAGCUAUUUACAGACACUUAUUCACCAAGAUCCCUUCUGAACUAUAUCAUGACUCAAUGGUGGCCUUUGAAAUUGUCCAGUUUUGCAGGAGGAAUAGAAAAAAACUGAGUGAGAAUGUUGGUAUUUUCCACAAGAGUUUUCCAAAUAUUUUCAAGUUCCUAGCUUGGAACGCACCUUGCUUGUUCCCUGAUUUCAUUGAAUUACUGCCUGAGCUGAUUCGUCCAGACACAUCGUUGGAGAUCCUGCAUUCGUUGCUUGACCUCCCUUGCCUGACUGCAGCACUUGAAGCCCAACUCAGGUCGCAGUCCUCUCUUGCAAGUGAGAAAAUGAUUACAGAUCAGAACAGAAAGGCUCUAAACUCUGCAGAAGCAUUCCAGAACCAGUAUUACCGGAGCAUGUUUUCAUAUAUCCUCCGGGUAGAGGCAGGAGCUGGGGAUACUAUUGACAGAUUAAAUCUGCUUCACGAGGCGCUUUUGGACAUGGCUCAGCGGCCUAGAGUUGUACAAUGUGCUCAGACUGUUCCCAUUCUGUUGCAGGUUUUCUUCAAUGUUGUCAUCAAGUUUGCAGAUGGUCCACUGAUCAAUCAGCUGGUUCUGGUUAUCCUGGAACGUAGCAGUCUCCUAUAUGACAUCCCUGACUUCAAAACUGAAGUUCAACGUGUAUUCAGUUCCCAGCUGUUGGUGUUAUGUAAACUAUACCCACCUCUAAUAGUUGAACAAUCCAAAGAGCUGCUGGAAUUUUGUGCAACAGUCAGCAACAUUAUCAAUAAGGAGACUUUCUUCACUCAUGUGGUUUGGGCCAUCGGUGAGUACAUGUCCUUUUCGUAUGACAGAUGCUGCACAGUGGAACAAAUUACCAAGUUCUUUGAAACUCUCGAAGCAUUACUUUUUGAGAUCACACAGCUGCGAGCCUCUGCCCAUGUCCCCAAGUACUCGCCGCGGGUUAUCACUAUUCUCAUGACCACCCUGGCAAAAUUAGCAUCUCGGAGCCAGGACCUGAUUCCAAGGGUCUCUAUGUUCCUGUCUAAGAUGCGGCCUUUUGUACGCAGUGCUAUGAUUUCCUCCAUGUACAGUGAGGAGGAUAUUCAAGAAAUCCUGACCCGUGCCACUGAGCUCAACAAUCUGUUAAAAGUUCCAAAUGUAGCUCAGGUUAUAUUGGGAUCCUCUGUGGACAUUGUCAAUCCAAGGUGGUACAAGGAUACCAAUGCUUCAUUACCACUCACCUUGAGGACAAUCAGCAAAGUGCUGCAGAGAGAGCCAGCACCAGGAUUCUCUGCAUAAAAUCUCUGAAAUGUGUAUGAUUUUGUGUUUUCUAAGAAAUAUUUAUAAAUGUUCUUCCAUUUUUAUGAAGUCUUCUAAAAGCUAUGCCAAAAAUCAAACUGAUUAAUAGGUGUUCAAUGUUGAGUUCAUUACAAUUAGACCACUAACAUAAAAUCAAACAGUACAGACCCUUUGGCCCAUGAUAUUGGGCUGAGCAUUUAUCUUGAUCUAAGAUGAACCUGACCGACACACCCCUCCAAUUACUACCUGCAUGUGCCUAUCCAAGAGUUGCUUAAAUGUCCCUAAUCUCUCUAACUCUACCACUAACCCCUGGCAGUGCAUUCCAUACAUCUACCAAUCUCUGCGUAAAGAACUGUCCUCUGACAUCUCCCCUGUAAAUGAAAGCCAAAACACCAUAUGCCCCCUUAACAACUCUAUCAACUUGAUGACAACUUUAAGGAAUCUAUGUAGGUGGACCCCAAGAUCCCACUGUUCCUCCAUACUGCUAAGAAUCAUGUCUUUAACCCUGUAUUCAGUAUUCAAAUUCUA